CAUCACCCCUUCAAGCAAAACCGCAAACGCAACAGCACACAAGCACACAAGCAGUGUGUGUUGUUGAUGAGACAUGUUCCGUGCACUGCAAGGGCUGCUGCAGCGGAGGCUGGGCGGUGGUGGCGGCGGUGACGGGCGUGGCGGUGGCAGCGGUGAUGGUCGCAGACAUGGCCGCGGUCGCGUGCGCGAUGAGUUUGCAGGCAUCGAUCAGGCGUGGACAUGGGACACGCACGGCGAUCCGUCUUGGGAUCCGGCAGUGAAGAAGGCGCUGACGAGCGCUUGGACAGCGUAUGAGCACGACGAGCUCUUUGGCGCCCAAGACAUUGUGAUGCGCGAGAGCUGGGCUGUGCAGCCGCCAACACAGGCAACCACCUUGAUUGCCUUUUUGGAACACAUCCCAGAUAACACAUCCCUGGCGCACCUGCCACCAGCAUUUCGAACCGCCACGGCAAAGCUCCUCUCCACCGUCUGUGUUCACCUCGGCGAUCUCCACCACCGCUUGCCGGACAACCUGCCUGGAGACGUGGCCGGCAUCUUCGCCUUCAUCACAACCGUGGCAACGAACCUGUACCGCCUCGCAUCCCACCCGCGCAACGAGGCCUACCUCACACAUGCCGGCGUGACGCACAACGUCGCCAUGACGGCAACCUUCCUUGCAGCGCUCGCAGCAGGCGUGCCCAAGGACCACGCGUGCCGCCAGCACCUGGCGCCGGCCGUCGCCGCCAUAUCCCCCCUCGUGCGCGACGCCAUGGAAGACAUUGUCGUCGACGAGCAAGAGUACGAUGCGGAUGUUGCGUGUGUGCUAGUUGAAUCCAUGACGCUUGGCCCAAACAUCUGUUCCAUCUUGGCCAACGUCCUCGACACGGCAUCCGCCGCCACCCUCACCCUCACCCCCAGCGGCACCGAUCACCCGUCGCAUUUCGCCUACGCUGUUCUCAACGUCUGGCUGCGUAUCAGCGCGUCCCACCGCCGCAUGCUGGUGCUUGAUGCGCCGCUGCGCAGUCAGAUUGUGUUUGAUCUGCGCCACACGCCUGCAUCUGCUGAGAUUGUUCGCUGCAUCGUCGCCGUCUUCGCAAACAUCCCGCCAACUCUGGAGGAGUCUGAGGACGACGAAUAUCACGCGUACUACGCACUGGUGGUUGGCGUCAUGUCACAGCUACAGCUGGACCUGCCGCCCGCACAGCAGCACCACCAGUCCGCCGUGCACCUUCAGGUGACCCUUCAUCUGCUGGAAGGACUGCUGUUGGGACUCGGCGUCCAGCAGCGCCUGCUCACCGACCUCCUCGUCGGCGCAAACGCAUUCAGCCACUGCCUCAAGGUGAUGCGGGAUGUUGGCGGCCUCGCCGACCACACACUCGACCUCACCCCGCUCUUUCCGGACACAGCGCUCGGCACGUCGCUGCGCGGGCAGCAGCUGGUGUCUGCGGCGUGCAUGCAGCUGGUGACCAUCCUCAUCAAGGACGACAAGGCGCGUAGCUCCUUCCUCUCGGCCUAUGGAUACGAGUCCUUGUGGACGGCGCUCUUUGGCCACGCCCCCGUGACCCGGACCGGCGUGGACCUUCUCCUGGACAUUGCAUUUCGUCCAGGCUCUUCAGAUGACGACACCGCUGCCGUCGUGAUUGCGCCAGAUGUGCUCAACGUCAUCACCCACCACCUCCCGCACGUAGGCGAUGCGGAUAUUGUUGCGUGGUACCUGGAGACGCUCGUGUCGCGCAUCAACGGCGUGUUCCACAACCUGACCGCGUGCUGCGAGGCAGGGCUGCUCGCCACAUGCGUGUCUGUCCUGGCGGAGUGGACCGAUAUUCCGGCCGACAUUGAGGAGCUUCUCCUCUCCCUCAUCACCAUCCUCGGACGGCAUGCGAUGGACGUGAUUUCGCUGGAAAAGAUCAUCAACCUCAUGUUUGUCCUCUCGCCAACAUUCCGGCCCCACCUCUACAUCCGCCUCCACACCCUGCUCCAGGCUGUCACAAGGAGCAUGUAUGAUCCUCGUCACUUUAUUGACCUCGACGGCCGCGGCAGCAACAUCGCCAUCACCAACCUCCGCCUCCCCGUCAACGGAUUCACGCUCCACUUCUGGCUGCGCAUCGAGUCCCUUGAUGAUGUGGCUGCUACUAUCGGUGAUAAUGGUGGUGGUGAUGAUGACAACACGCCGGCCAACCCGCUCGACUUCCAGCCCCGUCUCUUCUCCUUCUUCGCGCGAGACGGGCGUGGUCUGGAGGCGUUUUUCACCAACAAGCACCUCACGCUUCGCUCGAUUCGCAAGUACGGCGGCAAGCUGACGACGCAAUCGCACACGUUUGCCGACCGCCACGUGCCCGUGCGGCGCUGGAUUUCCCUCGCGCUGGUGGUGCAGCCUGGUGGCCUGCUCUCCACGCGCGGUGACCAGGUGCACCUGUACAUUGACGGGCGCUACACGGAGACGUGCUUCAUCACCGUGCCCGCCAUUCGCGAACCACUUGAUCGCGCCAUCAUCGCCGCGGGCUGCCUGCCGCCAACCAACACCAACACCAACACCAACACCAGCGCCAACACCAACAACAAUGCCACCAACACGGGCACUGGCAGUGGCAGUGCGGAUGCAAGGACGGGCGUGUCUGCUGGCCACGGCCCAAACAGCGGCGGCAGUGGCGGUGACGGUGACGUGAUCAUCAUGGCACUGCGCUGUCAGAUUGCGCGCGUGCAAGUGCUGGAUGCCCUGACGGAGGAGCAGCUUACGGGGAUCCAGGCGCUUGGGGCCGAAUACAUGGGCCUCUAUGAACCUGUGGAGCUCCAGGCCGUCGCCACGUCCACCUCCAUUGACGAUAUUGGCUUCACUGUGCAGACGUUUGACGAGGGCGGUACCAGCUCUGUUCGCGCCGUGCGCAGCAGCAGCAUCAGCAGCGCCGCCACGGCGUCCGUCAUCACCAACACGGCCAGCGGCGAUCACACCAACACGGGCAGUGGUGGUGGUGGUGGUGGCAGCGGACACGACGCUCGACGUCGCCUCUCGUCCUCUGGUGGCGGCGGGCGGACAUCAUCGCUGUCGGGUCGACUGGACGUCAUGGCUGCACGCAACGCCGUCCGCAGCCGCAUUGGUCGUGCUGCACGCGGCAGCAAGGGCAGUGGAGGCGCGUCUGCCUCACUGUCGUCGCCGUCACCGCUUGGUGGUGGCAUCGUGUCCACCACGUCUUCGUCAUCCAUGCACAGCCGAUCAAGAGCUGGGGGUGGUGGUAGUCAACAACAACAGCAGCAGCAGCAGCAGCAGUUGGCUGGUGUUCCCCCUCGUGAAGUGCCGGCUGUGCACGCUCUGCUGCAAGACGAGAUUACAGCAAAGGUGCAGCUGUCACUGAGUGCGUCCAUGUGUCAGGGGAAGAAGCUGCUUGACCAAGUGCUGCUUGCACGCGGCGCUUCGCAGAAGGCCGCACACGUCGCAAACACGACGGGCACGCGGUGCGUGCACCACAACCUGGCCACGGUGAUCCAUUCGCUGGGCGGUGUGCACAUCCUCACGUUCCUCCUGGCGCAGCUUGAUGACACGUGCAAGCGCAUUGCCGCACACCGCAGCCAGCACGCCUUCAAGAAUCGCAUGCAGGCGGCAGCGGCGAAGAGGAAGAAGAGGGAGGAGGAGGAGAAAGGGGACGGCGGUGAGCGGAAGAAACAGCGCGAGGAAGGGGAACAUGACGAGCGGAGCGCGGAAGAUCAUGAAGCAAGUGAGGUGGCAACAGACAAGGAAGGAAGGGAAGGCGUGGGGGGAGGUGACGAUGCGGCUCAGGGGAGUGAGGACAAGACUGGGACCAAGGAUGAGAGUGAUGGUGAUGGCGACAACGCCCGCAGCCGGCUGAACACGCUGUCAGCGGUGCAGGCGCAGCGCUUCAAGAAGGAGGCGGCGGACGCUGCGCUGAUUGCCGAGCAGAGCGUGGACGAGUUCUUCCUGCUGCUGAGCGUGCUGCUGGCGGAUCCCAACAACAAGCAGCACGCCAUUCAGUCGCACCUGUUUGCUGUCGUCAACUUUGUGCUGAAGCAGUCCAAGUACGCGCGCCUUGGUUCUGUUGCCCUGCAGGCCAUCCAGGACAUGACCAAUCACGGCUCCCCCGACGCAAAGUUCACGCGUGCAUUGUGCAAGCAGAUUCUCUUUGACUUUGACCUGUGGCAGCGCAGCGAGUAUGCCGUGCGCAUGUCGCAUCUGCAGGUUGUGAAAGGGUUUGCGCAGCAGCACACGGCAUUCUUCCGCAGCACAUACGGUGUGCAGUACAUGCUGGAUCACCUUCGCGAGGUGUCUCGACACAGCGUCGCCAAGCGCUCCCGCUCCGUGGGCCGCAGUGAUGAUGGCCGUGAUGGUGGUAAAGGUGGUGGUGAUGGUGGUGAUAAGAGUCAUGAUGGUGGUGAUGGUGUUGUGUCCAGCGAGGCUGAAGAGCGGGAAGAGCUGCGGUCGAUCCACCGGCUGAUGAUGGACAUUGUGUUCCUGUGCAUCCGCAGCAACAUCACCCGCCGCGAGUGCAGAGCAAUCUACACAUUCCUCCUCAGCUGCGAAGACGAUAUUGUGCUGUGCAACUUCCUGGAGGACAUUCUUCGCCUUCUACAGCAACGAACACCUGGCGUUGACCCGGAACACGAGAGCGACAACAGCCGCACGGCGCGGCACAUUGUGCAUGCCCUUACCCUCAACGGCAUCCCAACGGAGCUGUACUGGCUGCUGCAACGCAAGAGCAAUCGCAUCGGCGCCCUCGCUCUGCGCGUUAUUGAGCACCUCGUCAACACGACCACAGAUGUCCUCACUCCAGACGAACGACGGCGAUUGCGAUUUGAGGAGGAGACGGAAGCGUACGCGCUAUCAGAGCUUAUGCACCGCGAGAAGGACCGCCCACACGGCUUUGAGCUGCUUCGCGCGAUGCUCGAAGUCGCCACGGCCCCAUCGGAUGAAGUCACGGUCGAGGACACCGACGACGCAGAGGGAUUCGCCUUUGUGGAUGAGAAGUUCAAAGGAGCGCGCAGCAUGAACAUGUACACGCGCGUACUGCGGUCGCCGUGCAUGCUGGACGUGGCGUUUCGCAUCAUGGUUGAUCUUGAACUGCAGCCGUCACACGCCGGCCUCCUCUUCCUCCUCGACGUACUCGACGUUGUCAACAGGGACGAGAGUGCACUCGCAUAUGCGGGCGUCCUCGCGUGGCAGCGCUCAAUCCUGCAGUGGAUGUUCUUCGCCACAUCUGCACAGGGCGUGGGCGAGGAUGACGGCUGUGCGCAUGCGGAUACGGCGCCGAUUCGCUCCGAGGCAAAGUCGUGGGAGCUUGGCCCGUCGCUGUGGGCGGGCGUGAAGGUGCUGGCCACGGUCCUGAGCAAGGCGGUGUUGGCGUCGGACAUGGGCUGGCAGCAGGUGGAACACGCGCUGCUGUUUGUCCACGAGUGUUUUCCGGCCAACGCCACGCCACUCGACGUCUCCACGGUCUCACGCGCCAGCCAACCGAGCGGGGGUGAUGUUGGUGAUGUUGGUGAUGACGAUGAUGAUGAUGCUGUUGCUGGUCAGGCGGCGCUUGAGGGCCGCGUGCACAUGGACGCGGGCGGCAGUGCGGGAGACGUCAAGAAGGAGGGCGAUGGUGGCGACAGCGCUGACGGUGCGCAUGUCAUUACGCAACGCGCAGUCAAGGCGCAGAUGCUGGCCACAAUGUUCCUGCUGCUGUUGAGCAAAUCCCUCUUGCGUCAAGCGCUCACACCAGCGGCGGCGGGGAAUCUGCUGUGUGCAAUUAUGUUGUCGGAGGAAGUCCUCUUUCCACGCCACGCAGACGACGACAACCAGCCCCACACGCGCAGAGCCCUGCGCAGAUUGCAGCAGAACCUCGUCCGUUUUGCAAAGCACAUGAAGUUUGACACGGAGAGCCACUUUGGGUGCCUUGAAGCGGGGCUGGACACCACGUCCACCAACACCUGCCCGAUUCGGAAAGGCGGCUUUCGGCGAAUAUACGUUCGACUCAUGCUGGCCGACAUUGCGCACGAGGACGUGAACGUGGCGCUGGCGGCGACAGCCGAGCUGCAGGAACUUCUGUCCUACUGCAAGGAGAAUGGACUCCAGGACCCGGACAUGGGCUGCUACCUGCUGUACCACCUCGACACGUGCUUCAUGCGCACGCGGCACAAUGGACUUCGGGCGGUGUUGCUGUCCCUGAUGAAGCACGUGCUGCGGGAGUGGCGUGUGCGCGCGCUGCUGACGUCAACACACGAUGAGCGGAUUACGGAGGCGACAGCGCUCAUGUUUGACUCGCCCGUGCUGGACAGCGACGCCGACCCGCUGCAGGCCGAGAACGCCGUGCGCUCCGAGCUGUGGCGGCGCGUGGUGGAGGAGAAGGUGCGGCACAUUUCAGACAUGUACAUGGAGGGCACGUGGGUUGACCGCGGCAUGUAUGCGCUCGAGCUGCAAGACGCAGAGACAUUGCGCAAUGAACAGCUGUGCCACGUGCGCAUGCGCCGCACAGAACUCCACCAAGCCAGCACCGCCAUCAUCAGAUUGCGGUGUCUUGAUCCCGUGGACGAGAUUUGUCAUAAGCACUGGCGCCGCCUGACGCGGAUCAGAGAUGCUGCGCGGACGGCGCGGUUUGCGGCGACGCGGCGGUGGCGGACGAUUGUGGAGGCGCUGCUCAGUUUCCGCGGGUGUUUGGAUGACGGCCGCGAUCGCAGGGACAGGCUCACCAAGCACUGGAAGAUGGACCGGAGCGAGACUGCGAAUCGGCGGCGGAUGAAGCUGUCGCCACACCCGAACUUCAAGGACCACAUGGACGCCAGUCGCCUUCGCGACCAGCAGCAGGACGCCCUCACAGACUCGCAGCACUCCCUGCACCACGCUGUACGUGACAGCGUGUCCAAGCUGUCGCUGCGAAAUGGAAUCACGAGUGAGCGCGAGGAAAACCGGGCGAAAGAAAUGCCCGAUUUCGAGGAGCGGCAGGAACGGGAGGAGGCGCACAUCCUGCACGUGCGUGCAACGCUCAUCUACCUGAUGGACGCUGUGCAAGGGCGGCUGUCCAUCACGGCCCGCGACGUCGUGUUCCUCGCUGCUGAGGACGAUUCGUCCGCUUUCAAGAACAACCCGUGGAACGUCAACAGCGGAGGCGGCCGCGGUGGCGGCAGCGGCGGUCACGUGUCACUCACAUGUGAUGACUCACUGGGCGACUUCCACUUUUCGCUGACGGAUUUGCGGGCGAUUCACUUCCGCCGCUAUCAACUGCGCCCAACAGCCCUCGAGCUGUUCCUGGUUGACCACACGAGCUUCUUCCUUGACUUCCUGCCUGGCGACCGGGAGGCAGUGCACCGCGCGCUGGUGAGCAUGGGCCUGCCACAUCUCGUGUUUGGGCAGAAGGUGAUGGCACCGCCGGCGCUGCUGGAGGCGUCAAACAUGACCGAGCACUGGCGCAGGCGACAGGUCUCAAACUUCGACUACCUCAUGAUGCUCAACACCAUCGCAGGCCGCAGCUACAACGACCUCAACCAGUACCCCGUCAUGCCCAUCGUGCUCGCCGACUACACCUCCGACCGCCUCGACCUGGAUGACCCGGCCUCCUUUCGCGACCUCUCUAAACCCGUCGGCGCCAUCAACGCCGCUGCUGCUGAGCGGUCGCGUAUGGCGUUCGACACGUACGAGGACCCACAGGGUCUCAUGCCUGCGUUCCACUACGGUACACACUACUCCAACCCCGGCGCUGUGCUGCACUACCUCCUGCGCCUGGAGCCAUACACAUCCCUCCACAUCCACCUGCAGGGCGGCAAGUUCGAUUACGCCAAUCGCCAGUUCCACAGUAUGGCUGUAAUGUGGGACGGCAUUGCCAAAGGUCUUGGAGACGUGAAGGAGUUGAUCCCAGAGUUCUUUUUCCUGCCAGAAUUCCUCGUCAACAGCUCAAACUUCGACCUUGGUUGCCUGCAGUCUGGGGAGCGGCUGAACGAUGUGGUGCUGCCGCCGUGGGCCCGCGAUCCACACGAUUUCAUCAUGAAGCACCGACAGGCGCUGGAGUCCGAUUACGUGUCGGCGCACUUGCACGAGUGGAUUGACCUCAUCUUCGGGUACAAGCAGCGCGGGCCGGAGGCGGCCAAGGCACUCAACGUAUUCUACUACACGGCCUACGAGGACGCGCUGGACAUUGCGAAACACCUGUCGGAACAGGAGCGGAUUGCGCAAGAAGGGAUGAUCCGCGAGUUUGGGCAGGUGCCCUCGCAACUGUUCACAAAGCCCCACCCACAGCGGCUGACGGCAGACGAAGCAGCGCGCCAACGCCCAAGUGACGGUAUCUUUGCUGCCUGCUCGAUCCUCGAGGCAUUUGAUGACAUCAAGACAUUUAUCAUGUCGGCAGCGGUGGAGCACCCCAUCACCGCCCUCUUCCUCCCAGCAAUCACACGCACACGCACACGCGUGCGAGAUGUGGCGCGGUGUUUGCUGGCGCUCAACACGGGCGGGCACGUCGGCUGCCACGAGUGGAGCCCGGGUUCGCGUGACGGAACAAAACCCUUCAGCGUCGUGCGAGACGCCACGCCGCCCCGAUCGCAGCUGCUGGGGUCGCGCUAUCUACUGGAGCCGGCACACGUGCUCUCCUGCCGAAACGUCGUCGCCACACGCGAGUGCGACUUCAUGUUCACGGGCGGAUUCUGCGACAACAGCAUCCGCGUCUUCGACACGGCCACGCGGAAGUGUGUUGGCCUGGGCACCGCCCACCGCGGGCCUGUGACGUGCCUGGCCAUGGAUGUUGGUGGCAGUAUGCUGCUGAGCGGUUCGCGUGACCGCACGUGCGUGCUGUGGGACAUUGUGCAGUGGGAGGCGACAAGCGGGCGCAUGCAGCCCCAUCUCGUGCAGCGGCACAUCUACUUUGGUCACAGCAUGGACGUGUCUGCGGUGGCUGUCAGUGCGGAAUUUGACCUGGUGGUGAGCGCAUCGCUGGACGGAACGGUGAACCUGCACACUGUGCGCAAGGCCAUGUACAUCAAGACGCUCACACUUGACGCAGCGCUGCCCGCUGAACUCGGCACGCCAACAACGGCAACGUCGAUGCAAGAGAACGGUCACGCCGCAACAGCAGAGGACGGCGAUCAGGGCAAUGGUGGUGGUGGUGGUGGCGGUGAAGGCGAAACGUUCACGUCGCCAAUGUCCCCCGAAACCGCUCCCUUCGGCGACCACCACAACAACGAGGGUGGCGACAACAACAAUGGGACGAGUGGUGCUGGGGGUGCGGUGUCGCUGCUGCGGCAACACGGCCACGCUGCGCCGCGCAUCUUCGCCACGGCGGUGAGCUGCGAUGGGCGCGUUGCCGUCGGCUGCGCCUUCAGCCUGGAGGUGAACAGGAAGCGGCGGCGGUACUCCAUUGCGCUGUACAGCUGCAACGGCGAGCUGCUUGCCGUCACCACAGAGAUGCAGCACAUUGCGGCCAUGGCGUGGAUGGUGGACGGCUCCCAUCUCCUCGUCGGCGGACGCGGCGCUGAAGUCCUCUUCCUCGACGCCCUCACGUUGGAGCGCAAGCAGCGGCUGUCGAUUGGUGCGCCCGUGACGGCGCUCACGAUAUCCCCAGAUGACCGCUUUCUUGUUGUGGGUCUCAAGGAUGGACGCAUUGUUGUCGCCACGCCCGUUGUGCGGGAGGAGCUGAGGGCGACGCGCGCGUCGUCGAUUGGGGCGAAACCGGCGCUGCGGCUCAUCUCUCGCACACUCAACACGGCCAAGACAGCAGCGGCAGGGCUGAAGAAGAAAAACAAGCACAAGAAAGGAAGAGGGCAACGAGGGAAGAGAGGGUCGCAGGAAAGGGAAAGUGGUGUGGAAGCUGUGCAGGAGGAAGAAGAAGGAGUGGAGGAGGAGGAGGAAGAGGACUUAGUGGAGUUUGAAGAGGAUGAGGAGGAGGAGGAAGUGGAUGGAGAAGAAGAGGAAGAGGAAGUAAGUGGUGGUGUAGGUGUUCGAGAUAUCGUGGUGGUGGAGUCGAGGGGAAAAGGAAGCGAAGGCGAAGAGCAGCGUGAGCACCAUGUGCCGGCAUCAGACGUGUGAGGACAGAGAGGGAGGGAGAGGGAGGUGGUAGAGAGGGAGGUAGAUCGUUGGUUGUCUGUAAUGGAAUGGAAGUAAAACUCAGUCGAG